AUGGGCCAGACUGUCAAGAUUGGAUGUCAUACUAUAAUGAAUGAGCCAUUCGACUUUACGACCACAAUCGCUAGCCACGACUGCUCCACGUCUGGCAGCGCAAAUGUUGCCCAGGGGGGCGUACGACAGUGCAGGCCAGCUUCUGGCAGCACUACCAUCUCCGCGUGCACCAUUUCAACUGUAAAUAUAGCCUACUCAACUAACGACCAAAUCGUGUUACGGCCGUUCCGCCGUCCCGACCGCGGUGGCACCCUGGUUCCUCCUGAGAUCCAUGUGCUGGGUAAGGAUAUUUCUAUCCUUACCCAAAAAGAGCGAACUCAUCGCCUCUUUUUGACCUAUCGCCACUGCCGAAAUUUCUCUAUCUUGCUGGAGCCUUCAGGCUGUUCCAAGGACACCUUCUUGCUCCUGGCCAUCAAGUCACAGCCUGGCCAUGUGGAGCGGCGGGCAGCUAUCCGCAGCACAUGGGGCAGGGCUAGGGGCCAGCAGCUGAAGCUGGUAUUCCUCCUCGGGGUGGCAGGACCCACUCCCCCAGCACAGCUACUGGCCUAUGAGAGUAGAGAGUUUGACGACAUCCUCCAGUGGGACUUCACUGAGGACUUCUUCAACCUGACACUCAAGGAGCUGCACCUGCAGCGCUGGGUGGCGGCUGCCUGCCCCCAGGCCCGCUUCAUGCUAAAGGGAGAUGAUGAUGUCUUUGUCCACGUCCCCAAUGUGCUAGAGUUCCUGGAUGGCUGGGACCCGGCCCAGGACCUCCUGGUGGGAGAUGUCAUCCGCAAAGCCCUGCCCAACAGGAACACUAAAGUCAAAUACUUCAUCCCACCCUCAAUGUACAGAGCCAGCCACUACCCACCCUAUGCCGGUGGGGGAGGAUAUGUCAUGUCCAGAGCCACUGUGCAGCGCCUCCAGGCCGCCAUGGAAGAGGCUGAACUCUUCCCCAUCGAUGAUGUCUUUGUAGGUAUGUGCCUGAAGAGGCUAGGGCUGAGCCCCACGCAUCAUGCUGGCUUCAAGACAUUUGGAAUCCGGCGGCCCCUGGACCCCUUAGACCCCUGCCUGUAUAGGGGACUCCUGCUGGUGCACCGCUUGAGCCCCCUCGAAAUGUGGACCAUGUGGGCACUGGUGACAGAUGAGGGGCUCAAAUGUGCAGCUGCCCCCAUACCCCAGCACUGAGGGGUGGGUUGGGCAACAGCCCGAGUGGACUCUUGAUUUUCUAUCAUGAUGAGAAAUUGUUCCCUGCUGGUCUACAGGAAAUGCCGACUUGAGUUUUUGUAACCCCCUCACCUUGUUAGCUCUAAUUAAAAAUACUGCAACC